UCAUCCUUUGUGGCGUAGAAAGCAGUUUGAGUGAUUAAACUUUUUACGUCCACUUGAAAGUUUUCUUUUUUCUUCUUUUUGGAUUUUAUCUGAUCACACGUUUGUGUCUCUGAAUCUAUCCCUUGUAUCCGCAUCUCGAUUCGUUUUUUAAAUAUUAAAUAUAUAUUUUAAGGAGAAAGCUUUCUUUAGCUCUGAGAUCCAUUUGAUAUCGAUUGCCCUCUCUCUAGUCAAUCCCUGAUGGCGGAUGCAGCAAAAGAUUUAGCUUCAGGGACUGUUGGAGGAGCGGCUCAGCUCAUUGUAGGUCACCCUUUUGACACUAUCAAGGUCAAACUUCAGAGCCAACCUGCUCCAGCACCUGGGCAACCACCUAGGUACACUGGCGCAAUCGAUGCGGUUAAACAGACCGUUGCUGCUGAAGGACCUAAAGGUUUGUACAAAGGUAUGGGAGCUCCUCUUGCAACCGUUGCUGCCUUCAACGCGGUUUUGUUCACUGUUAGAGGUCAGAUGGAAGGGAUCUUUAGGUCUGAACCUGGUGUCCCCUUGACCAUUAGUCAACAGUUUGUGUGCGGUGCGGGUGCUGGUUUCGCUGUCUCGUUCCUUGCUUGUCCCACUGAGUUGAUCAAAUGCAGGUUACAAGCACAAGGUGCAUUAGCUGGCACCUCUACCACAGGCUCAGUGGUUGCAGCCGUGAAAUACGGUGGACCAAUGGAUGUAGCCCGUCAUGUGCUACGAUCAGAAGGUGGAGCUAGAGGUUUAUUCAAAGGUUUAUUCCCUACAUUUGCUCGUGAAGUUCCGGGGAAUGCAACAAUGUUUGCAGCCUAUGAAGGUUUCAAGAGGUUUUUAGCUGGUGGUUCAGAUACUUCAAGGUUAGGACAAGGAUCAUUGAUCAUGGCUGGUGGAGUCGCUGGUGCAUCCUAUUGGGGGUUUGUGUACCCGACCGAUGUGGUGAAGAGUGUUCUUCAAGUUGAUGAUUAUAGAAACCCUAAGUACGCUGGUUCGAUGGAUGCUUUUAGGAAGAUUAUGAAAGCGGAAGGGGUUAAAGGUUUGUAUAAAGGGUUUGGUCCAGCCAUGGCUAGGAGUGUUCCUGCUAAUGCUGCUUGCUUCUUGGCUUAUGAGAUGACAAGGUCUAGCUUGGGAUAAACCGGUUUGGUUUGGGUUUUAAAUGUUGGUUCAAUUUGUUGUUGUUCCAUUUGAUUUAUUUUCGGUUAUUAAAUGAUUCUUUUAAAUUUUGAAGGAAAAAAUUCAUUCUCUUUUUACACAAUUUGUUUCUGAAACUCGAAAGUGGUUAUC